ACCGGCUGCGGGGGCCGGAGCCGCUCUGCGGAGCUGCCGCUUUAUCUCUGCCGGGACAGGGGCAGCCUGCGAGGGAGAUAACCACUCCCUGCCCUCCGCCUGGCAGCUGCAUCAGCUCUGCAUGCGAGGAGGAGCAAAGUUAACAGUGCAGCAAUAAGAUGAAGCCUCCAUCUGGGAAAGGCAUGAGGCUGGCACACCUGCUCCUGAGUCUGGCUUCCUUCUGCCUUGCCACUCCCCUCUGGAAGGACCGGGAUGCUCUCAUGCAGGAGGAGAAAAGCCAUCAGACAGGCGGCAAUUUGGUGCUGAGCAGACAGGAACAGCAGCUCAGCACAAAGCUGGUGAACCUCAAGAAGGAGGAGGUGGCAGCAGCUGUAACUCGAGGAGCAUUUCCUCCAAGCAUGCACUUCUUUCGGGCAAGAAGCCUCAUUGAUCAGAGCUCAGUGUUCAGCAUCUUAAAGCGCAUGCCCAAAGGUGCUGUCUUACACCUCCACGACUACGCCAUGCUAAGCGUGGACUGGCUGGUGUACAAUGCCACCUACCUCCCCGACUGCUACAUCUGCUUCACCGACACGGGCACGGUCCGAUUUCGUUUUGCCAAGCCUCACCCUCCUCGCCCAGUGCCAGCCCAGUGCUCCCAGUGGGUUUUGCUAGAGACCUACCGCAGGCAGCUGCACAACGUGACCGAUUUUGAUAGCAGCCUGCUGAGAAACUUGACCCUGGUGACGGAGUUCCCUGAGCUUGCCUACCCCUCUCAGGCUUUCAUUUGGAAAAGAUUUGAAGAAGUCUUUCUCGUUGCCUCUGGACUUAUCUGCUAUGCACCUGUGUUCAAGGCCUAUUUCUACCAGGGCUUGCUGGAGUUCUAUGAAGAUAAUGUACAGUAUGUUGAGAUAAGAGCUCUUCUGCCUCCGGUAUAUGAACUGGAUGGCACCCGGCACAACAAAUCAUGGUCCAUGGCAGCCUAUCAGGAAGUGACCAGGCAGUUUAUGAAGGAGCACCCUGAUUUUCUUGGAGCCAAGAUUAUAUUUGCAGCACACAGGAUGAUGAAUGUUUCACAGAUUAAAGAAGCCAUCGUCACUGCCAUGGCACUCAGAGCCCAGUUCCCAGACACCCUGGCAGGCUUCGAUCUGGUUGGUGAUGAGGAUGAAGGUCACUCUUUAUGGGACCUGAAGGAUGCCCUGACCAUCCCGUAUUCCCUGGGAGUCAACUUCCCAUACUUCUUCCAUGCUGGGGAGACUGACUGGCAGGGCACCUCUGUAGACAAUAACGUGCUGGAUGCACUGCUGCUCAAUACCAGCCGCAUUGGCCACGGGCUUGCCCUCGUUAAGCACCCAGCAGCCAAAAGUCUGUCUCUGAAGAUGGAUAUCCCUGUAGAAGUCUGUCCCAUCUCCAACCAGGUCCUGCUGUUGGUAGCUGACUUGCGGCGUCACCCCGCAGCUGACCUCCUGGCUGAAGGGCACCCUGUUGUGAUCAGCCCCGAUGAUCCCCCCAUCUUUGGUGCUAAGGGAGUGUCCUACGACUUCUAUGAGGUGUUCAUGGCCAUUGGAGGGAUGAAUGCUGACCUGAGGACCUUGAAACAACUUGCACUAAACUCUAUAAAAUACAGUGCCAUGUUACCAGAUGAGAAAGCCAAAGCCAAAGAUGUCUGGCAGAAAAAAUGGGACCGGUUUGUUGCUGACCUCUCUGAUAGCUUCUUGGGAGAGCUUUAGAGCGGAGGAAACUCAGAGUGCAUCUGGCAAGCCAGAACAAGCCAGGCUUAUUGUUAAGAGAGAGACUGCUUCUUCCUUAUCACCUGAGCAGGUGAGUGAAGCUCAAAGCCUCACCCAGCAGUUCUGGGAAGCAAGCCUUAAUGGGCUUACUGCUAAGAAUGAGCUGCACCAUCCUGUGAAAGUCAUGGACUGGAGGUAAAAGGGAGCAGUGAGCCUUGAGCCUUCCUAGCAACAACAAAAGAACACCCAGCUUGGAAUAGUCAAAACAAUUAAAACUUGCCAGUGGCCAAA